GUUUACCCCAGGGUAGCAGGGGCUGCCCCAACAGGGAGGUUGGACGAGUCAACCCUUCAAGCUCUAAACGCAAUCUGGCCAUCCUAAAUCCGGCCCACGUGCAUCUCCACGCCUCUUUAGCCCAACCACAAUCCUCAAAGCUCCCUGGAGGCGCAACUUCCCCGCGCUGGAAUGAGCCUCUUUGCACCUGCGCACUCUCCCCUUUCGCGUGCUUUUCCCCGCCCCCCCCCGCUGGGCUUUUCGGCUCUGUUGUUGUCCCGGCCCUCGCUACCAAUAAAGUUCUCCAGGUAUUGAAUCCUAUGACUAUUUCCGGCAAGAUGGUGUCCUCCAGUGAGGGGGACGAGUGGUCGCUUUCUGAUCGGUAGCUUUGGCGGGCUUGGGCGCUCUCCGCCUAGCUUACGUUCUCUCCGGCAGGAUGUCGGCGCCGCCUGGGAGCGCCGAGGACCUCCGGAAGCGGAGCUUGGUAGAGCUUCGGGAGAUGCUGGGACGCCAAGAGAAACUGCUGCGGAACGAAAAAUUCAUUCGCAAUUUGCCAGAUGGAGGAAAAAAAAUAUCUGAUUUUCUUGAGAGAGUGAAAUUAGCCAUUGCAGAACGUGAAGAGCUGAGAAGAACUUACAGAUUGGACUUUGAUUCAAAGCAAGAUGUAGCACAUGGAAUUAUUAAUUUAGGUGUGGACAAACCAUGGACUCCUGAUCAGAGAAGAGAAAUUUCAUCAGUUUUUGAUUCUUCCCUUGCAGUUAUAAACAAGUCAGAUAAAAUUGCCUCAAGAAACCAAGGGAUUGAAUAUACCACAGGAAAACUCGCUCCCAUAAGUUAUGAUGUAACUAGAGAGUUUGAAGGUGACGCACAGUGCAACAAGUGGAUGUGUAUUAACCAUAAAGCUGCUGUAACUUUGGCAUCAGAAACAAAUGAACAGUCUAACCAUCUUGGUUUUCUAAAUCAUGCAAGAGAUAUUUCAGGGAACACUGAUGAUAUGUUUAUUGAUAGUUUACAAAGGAUCACAAUUAAAGAUGAUGAAAACCAGUCAGAAGAAGAUACAAACAUGGAUCACUUUUGUAGUUUUCACAGUAACACACCCAAAAAACCUCAUUAUAUGGAAGUACUGGAAACCAGAGCAAAGAAUCCAAUCCCUCCCCACAAUAAAUUUAGAACUAAUAUGCUACCUUCUGAAUCUCACGACUCACCAAGUCAUUCCCCACAGAGAACCGAGUCUCCAGUUUCUAUGGAAGAAAGGCGGCGUAGGGAUAAGAAACAUUUGGAUGACAUCACAGCAGCUCGGCUGCCACCGCUUCACCAUAUGCCUACACAGUUGCUGCCUAUGGAAGAAUCUUUAGCCAUUCAGAAACAGCAAAAGCAGAAUUAUGAGGAAAUUCAAGGCAAGCUUGCUGCGCAAAAACUGGCUGAAAGAUUGAAUAUUAAAAUGCAGAGCUAUAAUCCUGAAGGUGCUGCAUCAAUGAAAUACAGAGAAGUGAGAGAUGAAGAUGAUUAUCAUUCUUCUGAAGAUUAAUUCUAAAGAAGGAUGACUGAAUAGUCUCCUAAAUUCUUCACUUCUGAAGUUUUAUUUCACAUUAGACUCCUCCUAGGCUCUGGAAGAUGUUUUAUUUUUGAGUUAUUUAGACCAGCAGUUCAAAAGUAGAAAUUUACAGGUGUGCAUAAGAAUGCUUGGUCAGACUGAAGUUUUCUUGGUGUACUUUCCACCAUUAGAAAGAUUUCUAUUAAGGAUAUGAUAAAUCUGUUUCUUAUGUUUAUAUAAAAUAAAAUUUUGCACUAUUUUGUGUUUA